AAAUAACGAAAACUAUUAGUUUUAACGACACAAAUAGCGGAAACUUUCAAUGUGUAACGAAGUAUAUAACUUUGUAGCCAAGAUUUCAAAAGUUGAGGGGUUUAAAAGAGAAAAGAUUUGGAUAAGGACCGGGUAUUUUUUCUUCUUUCUUUCUUCAGCCUUGCGUGUUCUGCUCUUCUUCUCCUUCUCACCCGCUGCAGCCCCAACAAGAAGCCUAGCCCCGACGCACCUCCCCUUGAGGAAACCGAGAAUUUCCGGAUUUGCUUUGCUCUGUUCUUCACCGCCGGCUGCUCCUGCUUUGUGGGGGCGAAUUGCUUUGGUUUCUGGUAAGAAACAGCCACUAAUUCCUUUGUUCUUUCUUGAAUUGGCUUGGGCUUACUCUAAAUCCUCUUGGUUUCUCCAAUUUUCCGUGGAUUGCGUGAUUUUUCUCCUGCAGAAUUGCCGCCAGCUUCUCCCCCUGCCAGGCCCGGUUCUGCAGCUGGAAAAUUGUGGUAUGUGGCAGCUUCUCUAAGUCCAAAUUUACCCAUUUAAUUGCUGAAAUCAUCCAUGCAAUUGCUGCCCCUGUACUGUUCAAAUUUCUGCUGAAAUAGGGGAAGAAAUUAGCAGCCUUUAAACGUGUUUUUUAGGCUUAGUUCAUGUAGAAGUAAACCUGUUUUGGCUUGAAAUUUAGCUGCUGUUCUGCGUGAAAAUCCUGCUGUUUUGCCAGAUUUUGCGGUUCACGCGUACCAGUUACUGUUCACACAGAAAAUUCUGCAAUUUGCUACUAUUUUCUGCUCCUUUUCAGUCCGUUUCUGCUCUGAAAAAUCUGAUGAAAUAUCCAUUUUUCUGGUCUUUUAGCUGGUUGUAGUUGAAUUCCGGAAAUAUCAGUUACUGUUCAUGGGUAGUGUUUACCAGUACUGUUCACGGGUAGUGUUUACCAGUACUGUUCACAAAUACUGUUCACGCACUGAUGACCAACAAUUAACCGGGAUUUAAAUGUGUCACGCACCCAAAUCCAAAUCCGGGACGUGACAGACGCCGUGCACUCGUGAGAGAAUCCCACAAAUGCACAAGGCUUGGAACUUAUUAUAUUAUAAUCUAAUACCACAAAAUCUGAAUAUAAUAUUUUAAAAUUUUCUCUGAUAUCAUAAAUCUCCAAUAAAGUC